AUGUUGGGCAAGAGGAUUAAGAGAUGUCCUUUUGUUUCAACUCUUCAGGAUGAAAUUGUUGCUGAUAUUGAGGCCAGGAUUGCAGCAUGGACUUUCCUUCCAGAAGAAAAUGGGGAGCCGAUCCAGAUACUACGCUAUGAGCAGGGUCAAAAGUAUGAAGCACAUAUUGAUUAUUUCGUCGACAAGAUUAAUCAAAUGGUAGGUGGUCAUCGGCUUGCCACUCUACUCAUGUACUUGUCUGAUGUUAAGAAGGGUGGAGAAACAAUAUUUCCCAAUUCAGAGGCUAAAGGGUCUCAAGCAAAGGAUGACAACUCGUCUGAUUGUGCUAAAAACGGUUAUGCAGUGAAACCCCAGAAGGGCGAUGCCUUGCUGUUCUUCAAUCUUCAUCCCGACUCGAGUACUGACCCAAAUAGCUUGCAUGCGAGUUGCCCUGUUAUUGAGGGUGAGAAGUGGUCUGCAACCAAGUGGAUCCAUGUCAAAUCCUUCGACAAACCUGUGAAGCAUUCAAAAAUGUGGAACUGUAUUGAUGAGAAUGAGAACUGCCCUUUAUGGGCUAUGGCAGGUGAGUGUGAAAAGAACCCUCUUUAUAUGGUGGGUUCUUCUAAGCAUAAUGGUUAUUGUAGGAAAAGUUGUAAGAUAUGCUCAUCCUAG